AUGGGAACACCAUCGUUAAUAGAAAGCAAAUAUAUUCCCCGCAUCAUGAAAAAAGUGAGUUUUUACCAAAAACUUCAGUUUAGCUGGUGAUCGCCUCUGGUCACGAAACUUGAAGGGCGGUUCAACAGGUUUAGAUGAAAGGUUAGCGGAGAGAGUUUUUCCCAUUAAAUUUUUUCAAUCUCAAAGUCCCAACACACCUGGAAGAAGAUCGAAGAAAUCAGCAAACAAGGUAAGGGUGUUGCUCUAUCCAGUUGAAAUGGUCUCUCAAAAUCUCACUCGAAAACCUUACGGUUAAUAAGGGUUACUGAAUGGCAGAAUGGCAGAGUCUUUAUUUCUCCGUGGUUCCAUAUUUUAACAGAAGAUUUGUCAUAGAUUACUGCAGAAUUAACGAUAAGCACAAAUCACCGGCAAAAUUAUUAUUUUAUUAUUAUUUUAUAAUAAAACUAUUUUGAAAAUAUUCCUGCAAACUAUCGGGCGUGCAUCAACGAUUUUAUUAGGCGAAUAUGGGAUAUCAUUUCGAAAGUCGUGAAAUAUUUGCUCUUAUUUGUUCACAAAUCGAUCUAUUUCCAAGAUAGAGAAAUUUCUAUGAUGUCGAAGGAUGCUCGUUCAGUUUAUCAUAUAGCUUGUUAUUUGCGAUACUUCCAGCAAGCGCAUUGAUAACCAGAAAUUAAAUUUGAUGAGUAAAGAUGUUAAUUCUUCUUUACAAGACAUUGAGAACCUCUCAUGUUCCUCUUUAGACCACAGCUUUCCUUCUCUUUCUACGUGUAAAAAAAUGGGAAGAAAUUUAACAAAAAUGUCAAAAUCAAUUACAAGGGCAAUCCACUCCUGUCUUGAUUCACUCGAAGGUUGUCCCUUUGUUUAGUGGGCAAUGUAGCAAAAACUUUGUGUCAAAUUUUUUAGAAAUUGUCAGAGGGGGCAACCCUUCGGUACCCAAGCGUAUUGGCUGUAAAGUAUUAAGGUUCUCUUUCUCAAAAAGCUAACAAAAUUGGAACAAAGAAAAACCGACGAUGCUUUUUAAUAUCUGAUGUGCAUUUCCACUUAGCCUUUUUGCGGCUUAUUAGUAAGAAAGACAAAGCCCAAGCCGAGGAAAGACUAAUUUGUUUACCAAGCGGUGAAAGUUUAAUUAAAAUCCUAGGUUCUUAUUGCCAAUAGAACAAUUGGCACACAAAGAAAUGUAACUUUAGAAGUUCAUGCGUAAUCAAAACUACACUUACAAAUUGUUUCUCACAGGAUGGGAAGAUUGAUUUUGUUUUUCUUAGACCAGAUGGCGGCGUAAGAAAGAUACUUUGUCACUGCGAAAGUGAGGGAGGAGUUUUAAAUCAAAUGCCUUCUAGAUAAUGGGAGUAGAAGAGCUUGUUUCAUUAUGAUAAAGGUGUCACUUCUCGCUUGAAAAAGUGUAACACAGAAACCUUCGGAUCCCCUCUCGGCCACACUAACAUUGCAAACCAGACAGCGUUUAGAGACAAGGGGUGAAAAAACAUUACGGGAGCAAAAUCGCAAUCAUGGAAACGAAAUAUCUAAUUAGUUUUUUUUCAAGCUAAAGAAAUUUAACAAAACGAUUCCUAGCCAUUCAGUUCUAUUAACAGGUGUGAAAGCCACGAGGAAUGAUUUUCAACAAGGAUUAGGAUACAGUGGGGGAUGGAAAACUUCUUGCUAGGAAAAUGUUAUAACGAAUAUAGAAUGUUCUGAACGGUUUCAUUUAAGGCCAUCGAAAUCUUAUUGUUGUAUUCUCUCUCGCCUUAUUUCAGUUCCCAUAGCAAGUUUGACAAUGGGGAACGAUUUGCAGGUUAAUUCAACCUUUACCCCAAGAAAUGACUCCAACACUACCAACACUACCGGCGGCUACACUCCUACAGAUCCUGUACCUCUGUUCAGGCAGCCUCAGGAGGCGAGCACCGUCUGGGCUCAAUUAAAAGUUCUUGCCUGUAUCAGUUCUCUAGCUUUUCUCCUCAACCUAGUCUUUAUCAUAGUAACGUCGAUAAGACUCAGAACUGUACCAUACAUGUUCAUCCAAAAUUUCAUGGUUAUCGACAUUGUCAGUGCCUUGGUAACAGCCGGACCUUGGGCUACAGGUGUUUGGGUCGAUUCUUUCGGGCUGGGAAUGAUACCGUUCUUAUGUCGCAUCCAGGGAUUCUUCCACAACACUCUGGCAACAGUGUUCCUUGCAACAGUCGCUCUCAUUGCGAUAAGCCGAUUCCUGUAUGUCAAGUCCCCGAGUGCCUACUGUAUGUUUUUCAUCAACAAGCCCGUUGUCCGUCUACUGAUGUUCACGAUCUGGUUCGGUGCAGGUUUCCUGGCGUCUCCACCCUUGAAUCCAAACACAUGGGGAGCCUAUGACAAGUUUGAAGGAACAUGCUGGCUGUCUUGGGAGAAGGGCAACCUCGCCACCCUUUCCUACUCUACUUUUCAUACUCUGAUCACUCUCGGCCCUGCAAUUUUCUUCACUAUUCUGGCGAUCACCGUAACCAUCCUGCAAAAGAACUCCAUCCACCCUACGCCGAAGGUAUCCUCCAUGCCGGUGAGCACCCAGCCAAGACUGCCAACCCCGACACCUGCAAUGGCUGGGUCUUUCAGGGGAGGAACCCACCUCCUCAACUUGGAAGUGCUGCACGUCUCGUGCGCCUUGUUUCUGUUGUACCUGAUCCUUUGGAGUGCCAUUACCGCCGUGGAAUCUCUCUUAAUCGUAGAUUGGCGUAAUGUGGAUUACAGGGUGGUGAUUGUCUUAACCUUCCUGUAUCAGAGCCGGAGCCUAUUUCAUCCAUUCUUCUACAUCUUUCUGAGUGCAGAGAUCAGAAAUUCGUUUGCAAGGUGUACAAGCAAGGAGUACAAUGCCACUCUGUCGCAGUCCGUAACAAACAUCCAAGCCUCUGGACAGUGA